ACGUCUAGAUCGACAGCCCUACUCAACGAACUAUUCCCGAUAACUCCCAUCGAGUCGUGGACGACCUGCUCAGACUCGUCGUCUGCACUCCCUCUUUCCGACCAGACGCUCCAGGCGACCAAGAUCGCCUCCGGCGUCACGCACACCUACGUGGAGUUCGCCGGCAAACAGGCCAUGCAAGCGAUAUACCCCAACGGCUCCUACACGUUCUCGCAUACUCCCCGGGGUGGCAUCAGCUUCUACGCAUCCGGGCCGGACAGCGUGGACCUGACGACAGCGAAAGAGGCCACCUUCGGUUACUCGGUGUUCUUCCAGGAUGGCUUCGAGUGGAACAUGGGCGGCAAACUCCCCGGAUUUUAUGGCGGCGACACCGCCGACGGCUCCGUCUCCUGCUCCGGCGGCUCGCGGAACGACACCUGCUUCUCCACGCGGCUGAUGUGGCGCACGGACGGCGCGGGCGAGAUGUACACCUACCUCCCCCCUUCGUUCCCCGCGAACGACGGCGUAUGCGCCAUCCCGCCGUUCAGCACGUGCAACCCGACGGACGGCGCGUCGAUCGCCCGCGGCUCGUUCUCGUUCGCCGCCGGCGCGUGGACGACGGUGAGCGAGCGCGUGAGGCUGAACGACGCCGGGGAGGAGAACGGCGAGCUCGAGCUGUUCGUCGGCGGCCAGAGCAUGUUCAGCGUCGGCGGCUUGGUGUUGCGCGAUUCCGCCGACGGGCGGAUCCGGGGUCUUAUGGUCCAGACAUUCUUUGGAGGAUCUGACGCUUCCUGGGCGUCGCCUCAGACGCAGGAUGCCUACUUUGCCGAUUUCUCAGUGGCCAUCACGGAGAAACUGUGAAUCUCCUUCCGUGUGGGAUGUGGCGCUGCAUGCGAGUAACUAUUCAUUCGGCUGUAGGCGAUACCCUGUGUAAUGUUAUUCCGAGCUUGGACAAGCUUUAAGACAACC